AUGGUGAAUGCAGCAAGUGGUGGAGGGCUAGUGAAUAAGACUCCAGGAGAUGCAACUAGGUUGAUUGCAGAGCUAGCAAAAAAUUCUAGGCAAUUCAGUCAGAGAACUCCCACGCGCCGGGUGAAUUUAGCAAAUUCGAAUACAACUGAGUUAGAGAGUCAAGUAGCUGAUUUGACUUCUAUGAUGCGUGAGUUCAUGGUGAACUCAAGGAAUCCACAGCAACUGAAUGCUUGUGGUUUAUGCACCUCCAUGGGACAUCCCACUGAUGCAUGUCCUCAAUUACAAGAGGAGCAUAAUGAGCAGGCCAACGCCUUAGGUUUUCAAGGGCAAGGUCCGCAGAGAAGAUAUGAUCCCUUUUCAAAUACCUACAACCCAGGAUGGAGAGAUCAUCCAAAUUUGAGAUAUGGGAAUUCCCAAGGAAACCAACAACAUCAGCAUGCUCAAGGUCAACAACAGUUUCAGCAAUAUAGGGCACCGUUCCUAACACCUCAAGGCCAAAGCUCUAAUUCAGGUAAUAUGUCAACUGAAGAAAUGAUUAGAUCACUAACUUCUAAUGUUUCUACCAUGCAGCAGAAUAUGAUGCAGUUUCAACAAGAAACCAGAUCAAGUAUUCAAAACCUGGAGAAUCAAGUCAGUCAAAUCUCAAGUGCAGUAAGCCGACUUGAAGCUAAGGACUCUGGAAAGCUUCCAUCCCAAACGGAGCUGAACCCUAAGCAACAAGUUAAUUCAAUAACAUUGAGAAGUGGCAAAAAGUUGCAAGAAACUGUAGUUGCACCUAAGAAGGCUAAAGACUUGAUUGGAGUUGAGGAGGAGGAAGUAGAACAAGAAACUAAGGCGAAUCCGCCAACCUUUACCUCUUAUGAGCCUGUGCCACCUUUCCCAGAAGCCUUGCAAGAUACUCGAAGGUAUGAGAAAGACAAGGAUAUUUAUGAGACUUUGAGCAAAUGUGAGGUAAAUAUGCCCCUCUUGAAUGUGAUUAAAAGUGUUCCUCGUUUUGCUAAGUUUAUGAAGGAACUGUGUACGAUCAAGAGAAAGCACAGGUUGGGAGGAAAAGAAAAAGUGAAGGUGAGUGCUCGUGUUUCUGCAGUUUUCCAAAAGAAACUCCCAGAAAAAUGUGGUGAUCCUGGUAUGUUUACUAUUCCUGUUACAAUAGGAGACACCACAUUACACCGAGCCAUGUUGGACCUAGGUGCAUCAAUCAAUGUCAUUCCCUACUCCCUGUUUAAAUCUUUAGAACUUGGGCCUUUGCAUGAAACUGGGGUAGUAAUUCAGUUAGCUGAUAGGUCCAAUGUAUAUCCUAAGGGGGUAGUAGAAGAUGUACUUGUUAAGGUUGAUGGAUUGAUCUUUCCUGCUGACUUUUACGUCCUUGACAUGGAACAUGACAAACAAGCAGCCCCCAUCCUGUUAGGAAGACCUUUCUUAAAGACUGCUAAGACAAAAAUCGAUGUGUCUACCGGUUCUUUGACUAUGGAGGUUGAUGGGAAAGCAAUUGUGUAUAACAUUUAUGAUACCAUAAAGUAUCCUGUUGAUACUCAUUCUUUAUAUUCUAUAAAUGUUGUCGAUCCAAUAUUGCAUGAUGUUUCUAACAUUGAUCAUGGGGAUGAGCUCCUCACACCUAUUACUAAUGUUGUGUCUGGUGAUUGCUUGGAUUCUUCUAUACCUACUAAUGUGCAGGUGAAGGUGGCGGAAUUGAAUGAACAGUCCAAGCUUCCACCUAUACCACUAGGGGCAACACCCACCCCGUCAUCAUUUCCGGGCAAGAAAUUAUCCCAGGUAUACCACAAAGCAAAGAAUAAGGUGUGGCAUGACAAGAUGAGAUCCCGUUGGAAGGGUCCAAUUCAAGUUGACAAGGUCUAUCCGCAUGGAGCGGUAGAAAUUCGGAGUUUAGAGACCAACAAAGUGAAUGGAAAAAGGCUCAAACCAUACUACGAAGGGAUCAAGGUCGAGAAUUUGGAGAACAUCGAUCUCUACGAGCCAUCAAUUGAUUAA